AUGUCUGACACUGAGCAGCUGUUCGGAACUGACGGUGACAUGUACGACGAGUUUGAUUGUGAAAAUAAUGAUGAAGAAAAUGGUGAAGAAGAGAAUAAGGGAAUAGUAGUGAAAGAAGAAAAAGAUUCGGAGAUUGAGAACGAUGUUUUGGAAAGUGUCGAUCAACCAGUAGGCAAUGAACAGGAUGAAACGCCAAUUGAUAUGUUCGACGAUGAGUUUCAUUUGAUUAUGGAAAAUAAUUUUGCUGUUACUGCUGAAAAUGUGAUUGAAGUGAAUGAGACAUUGAGUGAGAAUGAAGAAUCGGAAACAGACUCUGAUGCCACUGAAAUUGAUGAUGAGGAUUAUGAAACAGUCAGUGAACCUCAGCCAACUGAAGCGGUGGUUAAUGUAAAUUCAAACAGUGCUUUCGGUGAACAACAGACAAACCAUAGUAAAAGAAAUGACAAAGCGCACAAGUGUCAGCAGUGCCACAAAAGCUUUGAUCGUUUAUCUGAUCUCAAAACACACCAACUGAUGCACACUGGCGUCCGACUGCACAAAUGCACAGUGUGCUCCAAAUCAUACACACGACUUGAUCAUCUCAAAACACACCAAUUGGUGCACACUGGUGUCCGACCGCACAAAUGCACA